AUGCAUAGAAUUGAAUUAAUUGUGCUGAUUUAUUAUCUUAUCAAUUAUGCUACCUCGAAUGAUGAGCUGAUAUAUGUGCAAGCAGUUUUUCGUCACGGCCAUCGAGCUCCACAUCAGUUACCAUAUCCAAAUGAUAUUUAUAACGAAACAUAUUGGCAUUACGGAUGGUCACAGUUAACUAAUCUUGGAAUACGCCAACUAUACGAUCUUGGAAAAUUUUUCAAAUGGAGAUAUGGUGAAUUCAUUCCAGAAUUCGAUGUGAAAAAAGUGCACGUUGUUUCAACAGAUACAGAUCGUACGAUUGCGAGUGGAGAAGCAAUGUUAUUUGGUUUUUUUCCUACAACAAAUGAAAGCACUUGGUUAGAAGGCGAAACUUGGCGACCAAUACCGAUUUAUACUGCGCCUCAAGGAGCUCCAUCUUCUGUAAAAUUAAUGAAAGCCAAAUUUUUUCAAUAUUUUUUGAUCUUUUUUAUAUUUUUUAUGUAUUUUAAUAUAUUUUUUUAUAUUCGCAAAUAUACGACGGUAAUUUUCUUUAGAAUAAUUCACGCUUUUUACAUAUUAAUUUAUUUUUUAUUAAUUUUUCAAAUUCAUAACUUAAUGAAUAAACAUUUCGGAUUUAAAAGUGGGAAAAUGAUGAUUUUCCAGAUUCUUCAUAACUUGACGCAACCCGAAUGGAUCUAUCAAAAAUGGGCUUCGCAUGACAAUUUGACAACCUUGCAAAUAAUAGAGGAAAUGCUAAAAACACAACUAUCCACUGAAUUCAAUUCAGAAAUAAAAAUAAAACUAAAUGGUGGACUUAUGCUUGCAGACUGGUUGCAAAGAGCACUAAGAGUUUCAAACGGUACCAAUUACAAACCAGAAAAAAUGAUGAUUUAUUCAGCGCAUCAUAGGACAGUUUUGGCGCUCCAAUAUGCCUUUGGUGUUAAUGACAGUGGCAUGGUAACCUAUGGCGCUUGUUUCAUUAUGGAAGUUUAUCGUUCAAUCGAUGGUAUACGGAUUAAAGUAAUUUUUUUCAUUCUGUGA